AUGAACAAAAACGGAACAGCUAAAAUGAAUGAUAAUCAAAUUAGAGCAGAAGGUAGAAGGUUAUUUAAACGCUUCUAUAACAUUCCUGAUGGUGUUAAUCCUAAAACUCGUAGAAGCUAUUUAAAUGAAGCAAUAGAUGCAUAUGAAGGGUUUGACAUUUCAUCAGAAAGUGAGAGGUUAGCAAGAAUGUUAAACGUUAAUAUUGAUUUUUAUUAUUGUGACCCUCAACCAGAAGACGUAGACAUUAACAAGGUAGACUUUCCAUUAGUGGAAUCAAUAAUGAUAGAUCCAGAAUUUGAAACAGUAAAUAUUUUAUUAACACAGAGUCCAUGUGGAAAACUUCACGCUGACAGAAUUACAGACGUUGAAGCACUCACUGGCUAUAAAGUUUGCCCAUAUUGCAAAGAAGAAGUUUAUUCUAUCCGUGAUGAUCCAGAAAGGAAAAACCAAAGAAGAUUUUUAAAACAUUGUGAGAAAUGUAAAGAAAAUAAUGGAAGAUUAAUUCAAGACGUUCAAUUGCAAAACACACAACAACCAUAUGCACCACAUAUCACGAAACAGAAGAUAUAUCAAUGGCUAUUAGCACAUAAUUUGCAGGAAUAUUAUAAACCAACAAGAUAUUAUAUUACUUUUGACUUCGAAACAUUAGAGACUAAAGAAGAACUUCAACUUUCUGAAUGUGCAACUUUGAACGCUUACUUAAAACCAUUUAUGGUAUCAUCAACUGUCAAAUAA